AUGGUGUUCUAUCCCCCAGAAAACGUGCCAAAAGACAUUGAGGUGCCAGACGAUAUACCAAUAUGCGAUUUCAUGCUUAAGGAGGAGCACGGGCGCAAGCCGCUGGCCAAGUCAUGGGAUCCCUACGUUUGCGGCAUCACAGGAACCUCAUUUAGCAUGCAGGAACAGGCCGACCGGGUCAAAUAUCUGGCACGUUCGCUAUCCAAGGAGCUCGGCUGGAAGGUCAACGAAGGCGAUGAAUACUCCAAGGUUGCAGGCGUCUUCGCCUUGAAUACGGUCGACAUCAUGACUCUGAGCUGGGCCAUCCACCGCCUGAACGGAGUCUCAUCGCCCGCUAACGCAGCGUACUCCGCCGAAGAGCUCAACUAUCAGUUGACGAACUCGGGCUGUCAGUGCCUGUUUACAGUCCUGCCACUGCUAGACACAGCGCUGAAGGCAGCAGAGAAGGCCAAGAUCCCUCGCUCGAAGGUCUAUAUCUGCGAGAUGCCUGGCGACAAGGACUACCCGCCUGAGUUCAAGCGCCUGUCGCAACUCACGAAAGAAGGCGCAUCCCUUCCCGAGGUCGAGCCUCUGAAGUGGACUAAAGGUCAAGGCGCACGCCAAACGGCUUUUUUGUGCUACUCGUCUGGCACAUCUGGUCUUCCCAAGGGAGUCAUGAUCUCCCACCGCAAUGUCAUCGCCAACACACUACAGAUCACAGCAUUCGAUGCGCCGGGGCGAGACAUGCUCGGUGGACCUGGCUACCAAGACGUUGCGCUCGGCCUUUUACCACAGUCCCACAUCUACGGCUUGAUCGUCAUCUGUCAUGCGAGCACGUACCGCGGCGACAAAGUCAUCAUUCUGCCAAAGUUCGAAAUGCAAUCAUAUCUCACUGCGAUUCAGAAGUACAAGAUCAACACUCUGUACAUUGUGCCGCCGAUUAUCAUUAACAUGGUUAAAAACCGACCAACGCUCUCAAAGUUCGAUCUCACGUCCGUCAAGCAGAUAUUUACUGGGGCCGCGCCUUUGGGUAAGGAGACUGCUGAAGACCUCAGCACGCAGUAUCCUGAGUGGAAGGUGAGGCAGGGCUAUGGCAUGACCGAGACCUGCACGGUGGUCUGCUCGACAAAUCCAUCGGACAUCUGGUUCGGAAGCUCAGGCUGCCUUUUGCCAGGAUACGAAGCAAAGGUUGUAACUCCGGAGGGCAAUGAGAUCACUGGGUACAAUCAGCCAGGAGAGCUGCUGGUAAAGUCGCCAAGUGUGGUGUUGGGCUACUUGAAAAAUGAGAAGGCUACGCAGGAGACAUUCGUGGAUAUGGCCGAAGGACGCUUCUGUCGGACUGGUGACGAGGUCGAGAUUAGGAAGAGCGAGAAUGGGAACGAGCAUAUCUGGGUCGUGGACAGGAUUAAGGAGUUGAUCAAGGUCAAGGGUCUACAAGUCGCGCCAGCAGAGCUGGAAUCUUGCCUACUCAACCAUCCAGCAGUGGCCGACUGUGCGGUCAUUCCCGUCAACGACGAGCGGGCUGGCGAGGUGCCGAAAGCAUUUGUGGUCAAGUCCACCGAGGUUGGACUAGAGGAGUCAGAUGCGAUGGUGAUCAGGAACAUCAAGAAGUUCGUAGAGAAAGAGAAGGCACGGCACAAGUGGUUGGUUGGAGGAGUCGAGUUUAUUGAUGUCAUUCCCAAGAGUCCUUCGGGUAAGAUUCUGAGGAGGAUGUUGAGGGAUAAGGAGAGGGAGGCGAGGAAGAAGGCUGGCGCGAAGCUGUGA